AGAUUGUAAGUCGAACAAAUGGCGGAGCGAAUAACUUGUACCGCCCCAAUUCGAUCUACCUACGUUUUUGUUUUGAGGUUAUAAAGUUCAGGAAAAGGGAACUGAAUAUUUUAUUAGAAAAAUCCUGUGGUCACUGUCACUGGUGAUAAUAAUAUACAGUGUGAGCUGAUUCUUUUCUUGGAUUUUAAACGAAAAAGUUCCAAUAGCCUAAUUACUGAGAUGCCAAAUUUUGAAGCGAAUUUGAAUGAUGCGUUGGAAGUCAGCAAGAGAGAUGACAAAAUUGUUAUGGUAAUUGUUGAAGGCGGUGAUGAAAAGAAGAUCAGUAUAAUUAAAAAUGCAGUUUCAGAGCUGAAUAUGAAGAAAUUUCCAAAUUUGAUUUCUACAAAACUGCCACAGAACUCUCCUCAUUAUUCAGACUUCAUAGAACUCUAUGGCAAUCUAGGAACACCAUGCUUGGCAUUCAUUGAGAAUAAAGGAAUCCCUUUGAAGGUCAUCAAUGGAAUAUCAGACCCUAGAAUCAUGUUGGGCUGUCUUCAAGAAACUGCUCGAUUCUGUAAUGAAAAAGUUGAAUCAAUACGCUCUAGAGAAUCAUUGAAACAAAAACCAGUUGAGAGUGCACCUCUCAUUGAAUCUCCCAAAAAGUAUGAAAAACCAGUUAUUGUCGAAUCCCGCAUUAUAUUUCGGAUGCCUGAUCAUAAUUCAAAGUCGAAUACAUUCAAAUUGGAUGACACAUUGCAAACUCUGAGAAAUUUUGUGGAUACACAAAUGAAACCUCCUUUCAGGUAUGAGCUUGUCACAUACCAUCCAUAUAUACAAUAUCACAAUUUAACAAGUACAAUUCGUGAAUUGAACCUAUUUCCUUCAGCAGCUCUCAUGAUUGUUCCGGUACAAUCCAAAAAUGCAGUGAGUUUGGUAUCAGGAAUUUCAAAUGUAUUGUGGUUCAUGGUGAAUCCAAUUUGGGAUAUUUGUUCUUUCAUAGUGAAUAUGUUUCGACCAACGAGGCAGAAUGUGGCACCUCAACUACCAGUGAGGUCGAAUAGACAACCUAAUCCAACGAGAAGAGGAAACAACGUACACACUCUAAAAGACAGCCGUGAACGUAAAGAUGACGACGAUGAUAACAAAACAUGGAAUGGCAACUCGACACAACAAAUGUGACUGAUAUCGGGAGUUUUUAUUGUAGCUGGUAUAUUUUCAUUCAUGCGAUUCAGGUAGUUCAUGAUUUGAUCAUUUGAUUCGAUGAACUUUGUUACAACACUGUACUUCACUUUCCAGCGAGACUAGUCCAUCAAAACGAUUUAAUUUUGGGCGAUAUUGUAAAAUUGUAUCUUUUUCUGUUUUUCUAUUGUCCAACUUUGGACGACUUUAGUCUAUAAAUAAGGCUCUUUCUUAUAUUCUUUAUGGGCCAAUAUUCUGCUACUGUGCAGAAACUAUGAUGCAAUAAGCAUCAUACGAAGCUUACUUGUAGAAAUGCUUAAUACUUUUUUUUAAAUAUUAAUACUAUUCAAAUGUUGAACACUUUCAUAAUUUUGAAAAAAGCAAAAGCACAUGAAUUUUAGUAAUUGAAGCUGGUUAACUGAACUAUGAACUUGUAAAUCUAGGAAAGCCACUGAGAAAUCUGUAGCUCCAAAAAAUGAGAUAGUAAAUAUUUAUCCUAAUAGUCUCACUUCUCGUGUGUAGAGUAGAUUAAGUACAAAAAUAAAUAAGUAAUAUUAUCAAGUUUUUAGCUUUACUUCUAUUACUAAUACUACUACUGUGGUGUGAAGCUCUCAAUUUUUAGUGACCUUGUAAUCGUCGUACAGUGAGUUGUGUAGAUAUACAGUAACAACAGUAAACAUAAAAACGUCGCUUACGUACGUAACUACAUGGGGUGGUACGAACCAUCAGGUGAUCAGCUGUUCAUAAGCGUACACUUCAACCCGUGUUUACAUUGAAAUCCCUAUGUCGAGUGGAAUUUUUCGUGAAUAAAUGUUAAUAAUGCACCUGAUAUUCAAAACUUUUUAGAAUAUUGGCUUGUUAUUUUAUUUUCCCGAUACAUAUUUCAACAUUUAUCAUGAAUUUUAAUUGCAGUAAAUGCAUUUAAAUACUGCAGUAAUUGCAGUAAUUUAGUAUUCAAAAUUAAUACUUUUAUACUUGAAAGUUUUGAAUAAUGAAAAUAGUCUUAAACAACAGAAUAGAGUUGAGCGCACUCCUAUCGUAAAUACAUCGUACUUACAUUUGUUUGAAAAGUAACUAGUUUAGUUUAUUAAGAAUGUUUUUAUAAUUUAUUGUUAUUCACUAACAUAAUAAUUCUCAUUUAUAAACCAUUACUCUGCUAAACUUAAUACUUUUGUAAAAGAAGUUUGAAUUUUAAUAAGUUAGUAUCUUGAAACAAGUAACCUACAAAUUGCUCAACCAAUAACUAAAAAUAUUAAGAGAAUUCAAUGAUUACCACCCUUGAAAUUUAUGAUGUAGGUUAAAAUUCGAAUUGGAAAAAUAAAAUAACAAGCCUUUAUUCGAAAAUAGUGAAUAUCAGUUGAAUUAUUAACGUUUAUUGACGAAAAAUUCCAUUCCACAUAGGGUUUUCAAUGUAAACACGGGUUGAAGUGUACGCUUUUGAACAGCUGAUUGGGUCGAUAGUUCUGGCCUUCUAGAUUAUUUCGUAGGCAACGAUAAAAAAUGUAGUACCUUUCUACAAUUGAUGAAUGGUUUGCGGCCUUCAGGUUGAUGCCCAGGCCGCCCGUUUUUGUCAAGAUCAGGAACAGAUGGGCAUUUUUGUUGGACUCGUGACUGAAACUCUAUCCAGGCAGCCGAUUUACGCCCAUGGUCGAGACCGAGCCGAAAGUAGUGGAGUCCCUUUGUCCAAGAGCCGUGUUGCAUCGUCCAUCUCCCCCAGAAAGAUUUAAGUUUGAUCAAAGUACAGCGACAAGCUGAACACCAAAAAUAAGUCGCCGAUCUCGUAGCACAUUUUGAGGAAGUAGAACUACAGAAUGGGCUUGAAGCUGACUGACAUGUCGUCCAAGUGCUGAGUGGCUCAACUAGGUCUGACCACCAGGCUCUCUUAGUGGCAGUUAUUUCAAUUAUAUCAGAAUUUGUGAGAACUAUUUGAUUAAUUAAUAGUGGCAUUCACAAUAGUGGUGUUGGUAUGGCAACUAUAUGAAUACAAAAUCUGCACAGAAAUUUACUGAGUAAAUACAACUAUUUUAUCUUCCAAUUAUAAGAAUA